AUGGCUGUGGCGGCUGCAACGGAAGCCGCCAACACACACGGCUGUACCUCUGCAACGUCCGCCAUCCUUGCUCACGCCGAAGCGGCGCCUGCACGAAGCGCUGUAGAAACGGUGAUAGUGCAUGCCGUCCUUCACCAGAUGAGCGCAACGGCGAGUUUAUCGAACACCUCUGCACACGUCAGCCGCGGCAGUGCCUCAGGGCCUUCCAGCGGGCUCACUCCGUCAUCCCUGGAGGCCCCCCCUUGGGAUCUUCCAGCGACGACGAUCAACACCAUCACUAUCGCGCCUUCAUCUUCUGCCGUAGCAGCAACCACUACAUCGUUUGCUGGACAACGACCAGGCCCUGCGCUUUAUCCGCAGCCGUUGCCGGGGUGUACGUCGUCAUCCUUGCUGCUCCUCCUCCCCGCCGUGCUUUCUACGCAGCGCGGCAUCGCACGCGUGGAUGCCCUGCACCCCACCUUUGUUCUGCAUCUGCUGACGGCGCUGCUCCAAGCCGGUUGUGGAUGCGCGGGAGGUGAGGGGGCUCUGUUGUUGACGCAGAGUCCUACUCGUUUGUCAAAUGGGCAGCCAGCAACAACAGCGGGAGGCGAUGAGGAGGAGGAUCUACGACGGGCGGGCUAUCGAGACACAUUUCUGCAGCUCCUGAACCUAUACGCACCUCUCCUGUUGUCCCGCCUACAAGGCGCAGGGGCCGCGGUGGAGGAGCUGGUGACACUGAUAUCUCAAGAAGCCACCCCCACCGCUUCUGCUGAUGGUGCGAAGGCAGAAGGACGCCGCACGAAGUUCGCGGAGUGUGUAAGACGGCACUUCGCUCCAAGUCCCACGCAGCCGUGGGUGGAGGCGUUGGGUGCGUUUGUCGCGAGCACCAUCGAGGUUCUCUCCACACGCAGCCGCAACGUCGCUCGCACAGCCUCGCUCCAUGCGGACACGGGAACCGCAGCGGCAGCUAUAACAACAGCAUGUCAUGCAACGCCCAACAAAGCAUCGAAUGGAAGCACACCGCUGGGUAAAGCAGAGGUUCGUCAGGGAAGUCUGCCGUCCGCCGCACCGCCCACAGCAACGGAGACGGAAGAGGCGGUGUGGAUACUGAAGACGCUCGGUACGGUGUUGUUGCUUCUCGACCCAUCCAGCCCCGACCGGGUGGUGGCAGCCAACGGUGGUCGUGGUGGCGGUGGUGACCGCAGGGAUGCGGAGCUGGCACCGGGUGAGGGAAUAGCUUCCUUUGCGUCUGAAGACGCCGGAGUGGCAAACCGCGCCGAACUGGAAGCGUCGCCCGCGGAUGUAAGCGAGCACAAGCUGUCGGAGUGGUGCCCGCUGAAGCCCCAUCACCGUCACAACAGCAGCAGGGCAGAAGGUGUUGUGUUGGCCACCGUGCUUUCACGCAUGUGUCAGCGACAACUGCUGUUAAUAGGAGCGUCUAAUGACGAUGAUGAUGUUGAUGUGUUGAUGUCGCAGGUUACAGCCGUAGCGAGUCUUAUUCAGCGGCUGCUCAUGCGCAAUGGAGAGUGGCACGGCGAUGCCAUCAUCGAAGGGACUUGUUCUGCAGACACAUUAGUCGACCACUACGCAGCUCUCUACACGUCGCAGCUGGCGGAACAGCAGAAGCAGCAACAUCGACUGUUGGCUGCCGCGGAACGCGCAGUGCAGCACGUCCUGCGGCUGUCCACGACGCCCUGGCGCUCCUCCCCCGCGAUGCUCGUGGCGAUGUGUGGAAUUACAUCUUACCAGCUGCGCACCCAGCUUCGACAGCGCCAGCAACGCCUGCUAGUACUCGAGUCAGAGCGAGACGGCAACGCACGUGCGCAUGAUGCGCCAGACACGUGCUAUGAAGCUGAAGCGGCAUCUUCGUCGUCGCUGGUGUUGCCUAACACCGCAGCUCCGACCUCCGCGGCACAGCCUAUUUUCUUCGGCGAAGCAGUGUGGUCCGAUGACGAAGCAGCGGAGGGAAAAAAACCUGCUGAGGGUCCAAUACACACGUUUGGCGAAACAGCUACAACGAAGACUUCGGUUUCAUACAACGCCACGAUUGCGGCAGCACCCUUUCCAUCCCCGUCAGCGUCGUCAUCGGCGAGGCGCUGUCCUACAAGUGUGCCGCCUGUGUCUCCGGUGCGACAGCCAACGCAGCGGUGUCUCUACACCCCACGGACGAGUCUGCUCGGUUGUUCCGCUCCGACGAGAGAAACCGCCGACACCGCUGAAGAUUAUGACGCCUCUCUCAGCGAUCCGGUGCGAUACUUCUCCGCCACCCGGUCGAUGGAGCAUCUGUGGGAGCUGCCGCCGCGGGUGCCGCAGGAGUGGACGCCGGCGCUUGCCACGCUGAUGACCUGCUGUGCCCUGUGCAUCACCCCCACCUCGACCGUCGCCUCGCGCCUCUGCGUGUUAGCGGGGGAUCCGUUCCCCGAAGAAGGAGGAGCGGAAGAGGACGAAGCAGCUGGCGGAGGUGCCGGUCCGGCGAGCUUCGCCGUCGCUUCGUUGCCCUCUGCGCCGUCCAGCACUCGCGCCAGCCCGCGGCCGAGUUUGCUGGACUUCGGCUUUGGACGUCGACGUGCCGCGCCCGCGACACCACAAAACACCCACACGGCCGGCAGCAACAGCGGCAACGAUUGUACCAGCGCGGGUGGUGAGAGGGAGCGAAGCGGCACGACGCAGGCGCCGCCCACGGGGAGUCGGUCGAGUGACGCAGUGGUGGUGGUUGGGGCGCUCGCCCAGUGGCACCUGCGGGGCCUCAUUCAGCAGCUGCGCAUUCCAGCACGGGGAGUGGAGCCGCGACUACGCGGGUGUACGGGGGAGAUGCGCGCCGUCGGCGGGAGGACAACAACGGUGACGAACGGUGUCUUUCCCUCAGGGCUGUCCGCCACGGCGGUGGCCGUGCCGAGCUCCGCCGGUGCGACCGGUGGCGCCUCGUGGUUCACGGCGUACCAUCACGCAAACAAAUCCGCACGUCCUCGCCCCCAACCCCAACACCGCCGAGACGCCGCAUCUUCUACUGGCGCCGCUUCUGCGCCGAAAGGCCUCGAUCACGAUGCCAGCGUUGUGGUGCUGCGUGCGCUGAACCCCACGCUUCUCCUCGCCAGCUGCUUUGCCCUGCAGCACCUCCUGCGGACUCAGCAUCAUUUCUUCGCGCAUGCGCAGCUGGGUGGGUCGGCGAUGCGGGAGCUGCGGCGGGGGGUGGUCGCCUCCCGCCGCGUCGCCGGCGGUACCGCGGGCUGGACGGCGGGGAUGCUGCAGUGCGUGCCAACGGCGUACCCGUCGGGGCGAGGCGGAGGCGGCGGUGGUGGUCAGGAGUCGUCUGCACCGCACAGCCUGCGUUCGCGUUCGCUGUGGGUGGAUGUCGGUGUGCGGGGGCAAGGCGGCGAUCGCAGCACCACCGCUGUGUUGGACGCCGCCUUGCAAGACAACGGCGAGAGCGACAAUCACACGCACAGUAGCGAUGACGAUGACGAUGCCGCUUCUGCGCGCCCGCGGCUGCACAGUGAGGGAGGAAGUGCGAUGACGACCGGCACAGGGGAGGGGGAGAAGGACGCGCACCGUGCCUCGGCUGGCACGUGUGCCUUGACAGAAGCGGUGCUGGUGGCGGUGGCAUUUCUCGGCAGCCGAGUCGUGGCGGUGGCGCUCCCUCUCCUACACGCUUCCGCGCAGGCAACGGGGGCGGCGGCGCAAUGUCAGCGUCAGUGGUUGGACGCUUUACAGGCGUUGGCCGGAUUACUGCUGGACACCCAUCGUGUCCACCGCAGUCGUUAUAAACUGGAGCUGCAGCGCCUUGUCGGUGGCGACGUCCGCAGCAGCAACAGUAGCAAGAGUAACGCAUUCGCCAGCUCAGUGAACGGUGACACGGGGGCAGCAAGGCGAAGCAACGAGGCCGUCUCUGCCUCGCCGCUGCCGGAUGCGUGGCGGGCCGCCAGCGUAGGCAGCCCCCGCGAAGGCUUUGCUGGACCACUCCGCACCUCCAGCCACGGCGACGCAGGAAGGUCCCCCACUUCGCCAACGCCACCUCGCUUUGCUACUCACGUGCCGACCGCGCCGUCGCCCUCGCUCUCCAUCGAAGCGCAGUUCGGCGUCGGCACCUUCUUCGUAGCGCUUGUGCGAGCGCUGCUGCAACUACACGUCCAACGACACAACAGCGGCGGUGACGACGGCGCGUCUACGGCAGAGACGGCGAUGGCGCAGUGCGUUUUUGCAGUGGCGAGCGUCAUCAGCGACCUCCUACAAGAUUACACCCAGCACCCUCCCGUCGCCCUCUGCGACGUUCUGGCGAUGCUGUCUGUCAUUCAGCUUCCCUCCUCGCCUGCGGCGGUGCCGGCUGAUCAGGAACCGGCCGGACGUGCCGCUCCCACCGUGUGGCAGGCUCUCCGGGCAUCGCCCUACUGGGACACGCAGCGCUUGGGUGCCUUGGAGUGUGCGAGUCGGGCGUGGAACGCACCUCCCGAGCCUUCGCCGCCGCUUCCGGAGAGGCGAUGCUCCUCCGUCGUGUCGGACAGCACCGUGCCGCCUGCCCUCCCCGCUGCUCCACCACGCGAAAGCCUUCUCGGCCACGUUCCCUGUUCACGCGAUCCAACCUCGAUGUCGUGGCUGCCCACUACUCUCUCGUCAGCACGUCGAAAUGAUGAUACAAUGGAACUCAGCAGCGCACACGGUGGCGUGCACCACGCGCGAGGUUUACUGGAUUUAAUGGCGGAAGAAGAGGCGUUGCUGCUGACCACGAAGAGAGCAGCAGCAGCACAGUGCGCCUCCGUCACCGGCGAGGGGAACCUCGCGGAGGACGAGUCGCAGCAGCUGGCCAUCGCGGUGGUGUCGUCUCGGCGCUACGCGUGGGCGCUGUCGCGGCUGCAGCUCUCGUGGAGUGACGCGCUCACGGAAGCGUUGUUUGCCGGCCGAUAA